AAUGCAGGAAUCCGGAGCAACUGUACCAAGAGUGACAGGUUAUACCGGUCCAACGACACGUGCCCUCAAUUCCUCCUGUAUUACCCAUCUCACAAAGUGACGCGAUUCCCACUCUCCUCCUCCUCCUCCUCCUCCUUUUCCUCUUCCGCCGUUCGUCUCUCUCACGGCCCCACUUCUCCAAUCAGCGACAUCCCCUUUGCUGCUCAGCCCAAAGUGCUCCCAUUGUCGAGAGGGGAGACCGGGAAAAGUCUAUUUCCCUUCAGCGGCUGCAAUGAUUUCCCGUGA